AUGUCGCGCAAUCUCUGUAUUACCGCAGUGGAUGGUCACACUGGCUUCGCUAUUGCCGAGCUCAUCUUAACAGAUGAUGGUUUCAAAAAACAAAUCAAGUCGGUUGUUGGUCUCACACUUCAUCCUGAGUCUGAAUCCGCUAAGGAGCUGGCCAAGCUCGGCGCCAAGAUCGUUCCGCACAAGCCUGGGCGAGUGAAGGAUAUGGUCGAGACCCUGCGCGAGGCUGAUGCAGACACGUUGUGCCUUAUUCCCCCAGCGCACGAAUCCAAAUUCGAUAUCACUACGGAGCUAAUAGAUGCUGCUAAGAAAGCUAAUGUGCCUAACGUUUGCUUUAUCAGCUCUGCGGGCUGUGACCUUGCCGAACGGGAUCGUCAACCUAGACUACGAGAGUUCAUUGACCUCGAAAGCCACGUCCUGUCUUGUAAGGGAGAGUCAAAGACUUCUACCGGACAUUCUCCGGUUGUAAUUCGGGCUGGAUUCUACGCCGAGAAUCUCCUCCUAUAUUCCAAACAGGCACAGGAAGAAGGGGUCAUUCCUCUCCCAAUUGGAAAACAGCAUAAAUUUGCGCCAAUUGCUCUCGGGGAUGUUGCUCAGAUUGCAGCACACGUUCUUUCCGGCAAAGGCAAGCACGGCUUCAGCGACAAACACCGCGGUCAAUUGAUCGUUUUGACAGGGCCAAUGCUUGCGACUGGUGACGAGCUUGCUACUGCUGCAACUCAAGCACUAGGACAGGAAAUGACUUUCGAAGACAUAUCUGAGGCUGAGGCCAAACGGGUCCUUCGCGCUCAAUCAGCCAGUGAUGAAUCCGAGCUACAGUAUCUAAUUGAGUAUUACUCUCUUGUUCGAGAGGGAAAGACCAACUACAUCUCGACAACAGCUUUCCAUGAUAUCACUGGUGCCCAUCCUCAAGAACCUGAGGAGUUCUUCCAAGUUUACGCCGAUGAGUUCAAACUCAAGGGUGAUGCGGGUGGCAAUAAGCGGCGGAAGCUGAAUCAAAAGCGGUAG